AUGGACGACAUUUCCGCGGAGAAGUCGCAACAGAUGGACGCCACGCCAGCACCACCAAGACCACGAGGGAAAGCUUCGGCUAGAUCUCAAGGAGCGAGCACAGACAACGGUCAGGUCUCUAAAAGGCGCUGUGUCAGCACCGCCUGUAUCGCCUGCCGCCGAAGGAAGUCCAAGUGCGAUGGGAAUCUACCGAGUUGCGCAGCUUGUUCAUCUGUCUACCAUACCGCUUGUGUCUACGACCCAAAUUCCGACCAUCGCAGAAAGGGCGUCUAUAAAAAGGAUACCGACACGCUAAGGACCAAAAAUACAACUUUGUUGACGCUGAUCCAGGCCCUGUUGAACUAUGAAGAGGAGGACGCCUUCGAUUUGGUGCGCCAGAUCCGGUCCUGUGAUAAUCUUGAAGAUGUCGCACAAUCGAUUCUCGACCAAGGGAGAGGUUCCACAACGGCUCCCGAGGACACAGCAGCUAGCGGGGAUGAGGCGCUGAUGCAGGCUGACCAGUUCGAGUCGGAGCUGGCAGGAAAAAUGAGCGAGCUUUUGUUGGACGGUUCCCGAAAGUUCAUCGGUGGCACAUCGAACCUCAUUUUCUUGCCGCCCGGGGCAGAACUGAACGAGUUCAAUUCAACACAUCCGUUGGAUCAGGGACAUGAUUACUCCGUCACUGAGUGGACGAGAGUCACCAGCGACGAAAGGCUGAUCAGCCAUCUGAUGACCAUGUAUUUCACAUGGCACUACCCUUUUUUCACGACUCUUUCUAAAGACCUGUUCUACCGAGACUAUAUCCGCGGCGUACCCAGCCAAUACUGCUCGACCUUGCUGGUCAAUGCGAUGCUGGCGUUGGGAUGUCACUUCAGCAGUUGGGAAGGAGCUCGGGAGGACCCGCGGAACUCUGCAACAGCUGGUGACCACUUCUUCAAAGAAGCCAAGAGAUUGUUCUUCGAGAACGAUGAACAUGCAAACGCCAAGCUGUGUACUGUACAGGCUCUGGCUCUGCUCUCUGUUCGCGAGGCGGGUUGCGGUCGCGAAAGCAAGGGCUGGGUUUAUAGUGGAAUGAGCUUUCGAAUGGCUUUCGACUUGGGCUUGAACUUCGACUCCACCAGCCUUGGGGCCCGCAAUCUCGGAGAAGAGGAGGUGGAUGCACGCCGGAUUACUUUCUGGGGCUGUUUUCUGUUCGACAAGUGCUGGUCGAACUAUCUGGGUCGCCAGCCCCAGCUGACAACAUCUAGCGUUAGCGUACCAAAGGUGGAUAUCUUGCCCAACGAGGAAGCUGAAUUGUGGUCUCCGUACAUGGACACUGGAAUCUUCCGGCUGUGCGAAAUAAACGGCGAUCUGCUUGUGUUCUUCUACGAUCCCACCCCCAAGGACAAGCCCCCGAGCAAACAGGCGGAACUCAAGAAACUCAGUGAGAUUCACACCAGACUUGAAGCUUGGAAGAAGGAUCUGCCAAGGGAGCUCAGACCACAAGAGGGACAGCUUCCUCAGGCACUUCUAAUGCACAUGUUCUACCAGCUUCUCCUCAUCCACCUCUAUCGACCGUUCCUGAAAUACACCAAGUCUAACUCGCCACUUCCUCAGCAUGUUUCUCCCCGUAAGCUGUGCACACAGGCUGCCUCUGCAAUUUCCAAGUUGCUCAGGAUGUACAAACGCACCUAUGGCUUCAAACAGAUCUGUAACGUUGCGGUCUACAUGGCUCACACUGCACUGACUGUCCAUCUCCUCAACCUGCCGGAGAAGAACGCUCAGAGGGAUGUCAUUCAUGGUCUCCGGCAUCUCGAGGAAAUGGGAGAGAGCUGGCUCUGCGCACGGCGUACGCUCAGGAUUCUGGAAAUCUCGGCCAACAAGUGGCAUGUCGAAUUGCCUGGGGAAGCCACAGCCACCUUCGAACAAACCCACGCCAAAUGGGGAUCAUGGGGCUCGUGGGAUCAAGCGAUAUCGCCACCACCCUCUGAAGGGUCACCACCGGCUCCAACCCUUCAAUAUCCGGUUGCCGAUCCGACCACGCAGCGGUCUUUGAACGCCCAGCUGGCGCAAGGUGGCGCCCGGCUUCCUGAGCCAACGUAUCUGAGGCCCGUAACCAAUGCCUUUAGUCAAUACCAGCCGGUUGCGGUUGCUCAGCAAGAUGUCUGGUAUAGUCCGGAUGAGGAGCAGAUCCGCGCGUUCACCACGGGGCAGACCAUUCCUGCCACGACGACAACUUCGUCUCCCAUGACGCCCUUCGAUGGCUCUGAGAACCUCGUAGAAGAGAGCCAAGACUGGUGGUCUCGUGAAUCGAGCGCCUUGACCUUCGGGAUAGAUAACUGGGUGCCAGGAUGGAACCCUGCUAUGCCGGGGAGAGAACCCGACGUGCGUUUUGGAAGCACUUACGCCAAUGUUGGGCAGACAUCGGGAGCGGAGAACAGUGCUCGACCGGCCCAAGCAAUGAGGUUUGGUGCUGGGGCCCCUCCCAGCACCGCUAAACCCGAGCCCCAUCCGAAUAACCCUGCCUACAGCGCCGUGCGAUUUCCGGGAGAAUUCAACGGAUGA